AUGUCGACUGGCUUUCUCACGCUGAACGAGCAAAAGGUCCCUGCAGAGAUCUCAGACAAGAAUGUCAUCAACAUCACCAUCAACCAGGAGUCUUCUCUCUCUUACCUGUUCAAGGCUGUGGGGCAGUGCUGGGCAAGGCAGCAGGAGCCCACACAGAAGACCCAGCAGUCUCCAGCCUCUGCCCCCACAACAGCCCGCCAUUUCUCGCUCCAUUGCAAUGGGGAGCAGAAAGUUUUGGGGGUAAGUGUGUGUGUGUGUGUGUGUGUGUGUGUGUGUGUGUACUAACUGGCUACACAAUCUGAUGGACACUCACCAAGGAGCAGGGCCAUUAAAUGAAGGGGCUCACUUCCAAGGAAGCAUGUGCAGGAUUGGGCCACAUGCCCUGAAGGCCAAUCCCACAAGAACAGAAUUCAGGACAAGCAAUUGUGUUUGCAGAAUGUAAAGGUUGGAGAAAGUUUAAAGGGUUUGCCUUAAGCUGAGUUCCCUGAAGGAGCGCCAAUAGACACAGGCUUUAAGUGAGGAAUUAGGCUUUUAAGGGACGCAGGUGGCGCUGUGGGUUAAACCACAGAGCCUAAGACUUGCCAGUCAGAAGGUCGGCGGUUCGAAUCCCCACGACGGGGUGAGCUCCCAUUGCUCGGUCCCUGCUCCUGCCAACCUAGCAGUUUGAAAGCACGUCCAAGUGCAAGUAGAUAAAUAGGUACCACUCCGGUGGGAAGGUAAACGGUGUUUCCGUGCGCUGCUCUGGUUCGCCAGAAGUGGCUUAGUCAUGCUGGCCACAUGACCCGGAAGCUGUACGCUGGCUCCCCGGCCAAUAAAGCGAGAUGAGCACUGCAACCCCAGAGUCGACUGUGACUGGUCCUAAUGGUCAGGGGUCCCUUUAUCUUUACCUAUGUGGGGUCAGCUUCCCAGAAUAUCAGAGAGGCUACCUUUGAUGAUGCCCGUCCAACUACACAGUCAAUGAAGACCUGACCAGACAACUGCAGCAAUGCUUUCCCAUCGCGGCUGCACAGUUACAACAUGUUGUCAUUCUUAAACCACUCAGAGACCCUUUGUUUCUUCUGACUGGCCCACCCCAACCUCCUCACUGUAAUAACAUCUACAAAUACACAGCCAUCUUCGAGUGUCUUUCCUCACUGUCUUCUGAGCAACUGCUCCUCAUAUUAGUCAUCUCCCAAUGUUUGCUUUCAGUUCUCUCUGUCGAUCCUUUUGUUCCCUUCUUGACCUGAGACUUAGUGCAAUCACGAUGCCUGGCUGAUUGCCUAGUGCUUCGCUCUCCAUCUCCACAUCUACUCGCAUUUCAUUCCUUUUCAUUGCUCUAAGAACUAUAAGAGAACAAGGCUUGCACACACUUCUGCCUCUUCUAUCAGGAAAGUGCAUACACAGAUUUCAGACUGCAAAGCUCUAACUGCGCAAAAUGGAUUCAGAGAUGGAAUAAAUGGGGAGAUUCUCCUACAUAAGUGGGUUUGCAGGAGGAGGUGGGAGUGAAAAGAUGCAGCAAUGAUGUCUGAGCACUGCAGUUCCCCCCCCCUUUUCCUUCAUCCCAGGUGUGCUGAGAUAGGGGUGGAGCCAUGGGGGGGUGUGUCUCAGUCUCAGUCAGUUUUAUUGCACAUAGCCAAAGGCUACCGCAAUGUACACAGAAUUAUUUGACAAUUAAAAGAAAAUAUACUGAAUUGGUAAAAAAAGACUUAAAACAUUUAUAUUAUUAAAACAUUACAUACUCUAAACAAAGCUAUAAAAGUACCCCAAUGUACAAAUAAAAACAUUAAACAAUAAAAUUCAUAAGCUAAAAUCAUCACAUGGUCACUAAUGUUAAGAACAAUAUCAAUUAAUACAGUGUGCAAUUUAUACUCAGAGUUUGGUGACAAAGAUAGAGCAUAGCCUGAGGUAGAUAGAUAGGAUCAAAUAAAUUCAUCUCCUUUACAGUUAAUGGCUACCUUGGCUAUAUAAUUUGCUCUAAUUUUCCUAGCAGCAGUUGCAAAAGUGCUACCCGCCAGGUCACAUACUUAUCUGUGUCUGCAAGGAGAUAUAACAUCAUAUCAAGGGGGUUCUGGCCAGGGGACCCUGUUAUUAUAGGUACCAAAAUCUUUUUCUUGCAUCAUUAUAUAACGGACAGUGCAAGAUAUAAUGCAUAAGGUCCUCUACUUCAGAACAUGCCCUAAUGCAAACACGUUCGUUUUUUUGGUAUGCCUCUAUGUCUCCCAUCUCUAUAAGCAGAGCUUAUUGUAUUUAGUCGUAGCUCUGUAAAAGCUUUUCGAAGCUGUGCAAAAGUCAAUUCAUUAAAAUAAGAUAUGUGUUCAUUGACCUCUCUAAGUUUAAAAUACAAUGGGGCGCAUGUAGAUGUGCACGUAGAGUUUAGAUCGUUUUUAGUUGCCACUGCCCUUAUGGUUCGUUUAAAAAUAUUUUUCUGUGAAUAUAAGGGGAGUUCUUUAAUCUCAGUCACUGAGAGGUCAUAUUUGCCCAUCAGUUGGGCAGCAUGAUGUACCCAGUUUUUAAAGGGUAAUCCAUUUGAGAGCUCAAUCAGGCAUUUUUUUGGUAGCCUAGUGUUGUCCAUCUGUUGAACUCUAAACCAGUAACAGAGAAUUCUUUUAUCUAUUUGGCUCUCUAUGCUCAACAUGUGAGUUUCCAACCUGACCAUGGCAGAUUGCACAUCUUUGGGUAAACCUAAAAGAACUCUUAAAAAAUAAUUCUGUGGGGGUUCCAGACCGGAGACCUUUGAGGUACCCCAAACCUCUGCACCAUAUAAAAUCUGGGCCAUUGUUUUUGCUUUAUACACAGAUAGAGCUGGGUUGACCAGAUUUCCACCUUUACAUGCAGCGAAUUUCAGAAUGGCUUUUGCUGAUUUAAAGGCUUGCAAUUUAAUAUUGGAUAGCUGUGUAUUCCAAGAGGCCGUUUCUGAAUAAAUCAAUCCCAGAUAUUUAAACGUAUUUACUUGGUUUAUGAUGUGUUCAUCCAGGUGCCAAACAUGCUUUUUAGAACGCUUUCCAAAUACAAUGACCUGUGUCUUAUCAUAGUUUAUAGAUAAAGCAUUCCUCGUGCAAUAUGAACUUAAUUUUGCAAGCAGCCGUCUCAGGCCCACCUGGGUUCUAGAUACAAGUACUAGGUCAUCAGCAUACAUUAAAACUGAGAGUUUUUGGUCGAGAAUUGUGACAGGGGCAAACUGUAGGCCCUCCAGUUCUUUAACCAUGUCAUUAAUAUAAAAAUUGAACAGGAAAGGUGCCAAAAUGCAUCCCUGUUUGACUCCAGUAGUGGUCUUAAUUCUAGUGGUGAGAUGGCCAGCCAGAUCCACCUUUACUUGUAUUGAUGUGUCAGUAUAUAAUGUUUUGAUGAGAAAUAAUAGACGGAGGUCUAUAUUUGUCUUUUCCAAUUUUGCCACAAUGCGUGUCUUGGGACCGUAUCAAAAGCUGACUUUAGAUCGAUAAAAGCAACAUAUAAUUUUUGCUUCAAAUUAUGGAUGUAUUUACAUAGCAGAAAGUUCAGCACAAAGCACUGGUCCAAUGUGGAUUUCCCUCUUUGGAAACCUGCCUGGACUUCAGAUAUCACCUUAUUUGUAUCUGCCCAUUCUUCUAGUCUCCCAAGAAGGAGCCUGGCAUAUAGUUUGGAGGCUACAUCUAACAAACUAAUGGGUCUAUAAUUGGCAGGGUUUUUCUUAUCGCCCUUUUUAUAUAUUGGGGCAAUUAUACUCAACUUCCACCCUUCAGGUAUAUGACCUGAGCUGUUAAUGUAUGAAAACAAUUUUGCAAAAAUGGGUGACCAGAAAUCAGGUCUUAUCUUAUAGAUCUCCAUUGGGAUCAUGUCUUCUCCUGGAGCUUUAUUAGCUAGUUGGCUUGCGAUUAGCCUCUUAAUCUGAUUGGGCGUGACGUCUGGCCAUUCUGGCAGUUCUGAUAACUGAGUAUAGUAAACUUGUGGGGGUAGGUCAGGACAGGGGCGAUAUAUUUCUGUAAAAUAUGUCACCCAAUCCUUUCCUUGGACAGAUGCUUCUAACGAGUAGCCCAGCCCAUUGGUGCCUUGGGCAACCAGAUGCCAAAAUUUCCGUGAGUCCUUCUGAAGUGCUGCAUCUCCCAAUUCUUUCCACUGUUGUUCAUAAUAUAUUUGUUUCUUGCUUUUAAGUAAUAAUUUAUAGUUGUUUCGUAACUGGGCUACCUCAGCUUGUAGGGCAAGAUUGUGCUUAUCCUGUUUUAACUUCAAUUUUCUAAGUACCCUAGCUAGGCAUUUUUGCUAUUCUGACAUUCCUUAUCAAACCAAGUCUGUCUCUUAAACUUUUUGUUUUUUAUCACACUAGCUGUGGUCAUCAGUGGGCGCAUUCGGUUGAUUAUGUUCUCAUAAAGUCCAAUUACGUUUCCUGUUUCUAACAACAUUUCCCCCUUUAAUAGAGCAAAUUCAUGGGAAUCCAGGAUCUGAAUCAUUUUUUCUUGGACCUGUGCAUUCCAUUUUAACCUUCUAUUUCCAAGUAUCAGAUAUUCUGUUUCAUCCAAUAAUUUAGGAAAGGCAGGAGAAAAGAAUAAUGUCAGAGAUAACUCAAGUGGAAAGUGGUCACUUUCAGCUCUGGGAAUUAUCCUGAAGGUUUCUCGGUUAACUGGCACAUUAUUAGAUGUUAGGAUAUAAUCUAUGGUGCUAGUAAAUCCUCUGGGGGAGAUAAAAGUAAAAUAACCCUCUUGAUCCCCUUGACCAUGCCCAUUGCAUAACAAAAGGUUAUGCUUUAUUAUAAGUUCACAAAGAUGUUUCCCAGCGCGAUUAGGGGUGGUGUCCAUUGCUGCCCUCUGACAGAUUUCAGGUUCGUCCUCCAAGUUUAGACCAGAUAAUAUUGUAUUUUGUGGGGAAACAAGGCCGAUCCGGGCAUUGAAGUCACCUCCCAAGAUAAACCGAGGGUUAGGUGACAGAGAGUCUAUACUUUCGAGUAGUUGGUCAAGUUUAUCCCAAUAUGAUCUCAGUUCCCCACAAGACUUUACUGGAGGUAUAUACACACAUAUGCAAUAAGUAUUUCUCAGGAGACUAUCAGAAAGGGACAACACUAAAUAAUUAGGGGUGGUCAACGAGGGACACUGUUGAAUUGAUACAUUAAGAGAGGUUGACACCAGCACCGCCAGCCCCCCACUAGGCCUUCCAUACUUUACAGUUUUAAGAGCUGGUUGAGUGUAACUUGUAAAACCCUGCAAUUCAACCAUAGUGCCCUCUUUUGCCCAGGUUUCUUGAAGAAAGAUGAUAUCAUGUGUUUGUAGAUAAGAACAGAAAUCACUGUCUUGGAUCUUAUUUGUCCACCCUGUUACAUUCCAUGAGAGAAGUUUAAUUGUUUUAUGAUGAUUUACUCUUAGUCAAUUGUUGGCCGAUGUGCUCUCGGAGUUUACCAGUUUUUGAGGCAACAGGUUAUUGCUAAUGUUAGUGGAAUAAUCCAGAUGUUCGAUUAUUUCAGUCGUCGUACAUAAAGUGCUCACAUUUGUAAUCACUGGGCCUUUUCUUUGCAAAUUGUUUGCCAAUGGGGAUUUCUUGGGUGUAUUUCCUGACUCCUUCUAAAUAUCUCAUCUUUGUCCAAUACUCCGGUGGUUCUAUAGUUAUCAUUCUGUUGUGGCCAUUGGAUCUAUUAUCAGUCUCUGCCUCCGGUUCUUUAAUCUCUUUCAAUGUCUGGCUCAUAAGAUCAAGCCUCUUGAUAACUGUUUGUUGCUCUUCCUGAGGGAGAUUCCUAAAGGAGCUGAGAAAGUCCUCUUCCAAAGGAUUUACAGAGUGCUCAGAUUCCUGAAGAUGAUUGUCUAGAGGAAUCGGCUGUUCCUUUUGGCUCACCUGGUUAUUUUGAUGUUGGGCAUGAUCCUGCGAAUUCAACUCAGGCAUGUCUGUUUCCUCCCCACCUGCCAAGUUUUUUUGUGAUGUCAUUACUUCCAUUGGGGGUCCAGGCUUUGGUUUUGUGAGCCCCUCUGAAGCAGCAGCCCUCAUCUUACAUAAGGGUGCAACAAUAGAAUUGCGAAAUACCCGGGUUGGAAAAACUCCUCUGCUUGACAAUCUGAAUUUCAGCUUGUGAAUCAGUGAGGGCAGUCUAGUAGAGGAAAAAGUUAACAUAAUUUUUUGGCUUUGAUUUGUGAUACUCAAGAGUUCAGUCUUAACGAGGUCGAUCUCUGUAAGUCCAAUGCCAAGUAAGUCUGAUAAAUGUCGUUUGGAACGCUGGUGUCAGAGCUGGCUCCAGGUCCCAGCUCACAGAGGACCAACGCUAGCCGGCAGUAAUGUGCAAAAGUCUUUAUUGAAGUACAGUUUCCAUUUUCAAGCCGGAGCGCCCCAGCUCUACGUCUAGGGGUUAGAUCGGCGAAGCUCCAUCUGAGUCUCCGCCCCUGUACACCAGUUUAAGAUUCUAGCCUUACUCCACCUCUUACGCCUCUCCUUUCUCCUCUGGGUCCUGCUACCCCCCGGGGUCCCUUCCUUCCUGGAUUCUUCUGACGCUGACCCUCCUGACUCCUCCCCCUCUUGUCGGCGGGCUUUGGGACCUGGCUCCCUAUCCGGGCUGCCAACGGCGCCGCCCUCCUGUACAGUCGCCCGUGGCGCGCGCGCCCAGCCUUCAACCUUCCUCUCGACCGUUUCCUCGCUCCCCGAUGGAGGCGUGGCCAAUCCUGACUCAUGUCCUCCCACUGGCAGUGCGCCGCCUGAUCCCGAUGCCUGGGACUCCUCCCCCCCUACUGCACUCUGGUGUGGACGCUGGUCCUGAUUUCCAACUGCUGCUCUCUGAGUCCCCUCUGGCCCCUUCUUCCUGGGGUGUCCCCUCGGCACCCCCCUUGCUCUGACCAAGGGAGCCCCUUUCUGUGAAUCUUCCGAUUCGCUGGAAAGACUCAGAGACCUCGGACCGCUGUCAUCGCUAACAUUUCCUUCGGACUCCUCCCCCCUCGCUCUCUAUUUCCUCCCUUUCCUGUGCCUCUGCUCCUGAACCCCUGACAUCCAUCCCCCCCUCGAAGCCCCCCCCUUCCCCCCUCCCCUCCUUCAGGUGUGGGUACUGGGUGCUCCGUCGUUGUGGGGGUGAGUGCCGGAUAAUGUUGGCCCCCCGUGGCGUGCAUCCAGCGGGAUAAGUCCGGCUCGUCCUCCGUGCUCUCGCCGACCUCAAUUUCCUCUGCUUCCAUCUCUUUGCCGCCGUGCUCGAACCCAAGGUCCUCCCCCAACACGUCCAUGUCCGUCUCUCCCCCGGUCUCCUCCGGGGACGUUGCCUGCCAAGGACCCCCCAACCACUUCCUGCGCCACUGCUCCUCUGGUUGAUUGUCCCACCAAUAGGAACGGUCUGAGGCAGACCCCGAGGGUGAUCCCUCCGGGGAACGUGUUUCUAGUGCCGGUUCCUCGUCCGAGGUGAACCCCUGGAAUGUGCUAGCUGAAAAUGUGGGUGUGAAAAGCCAGUCGUCGAAAUACUCGGCUGGCAUGGGCCUGUGUGGGAAAAGGGCAUGGAACUCGUCCUUAAGCCAAGAUUCCUCCAGAGCAUAAUCUGGCACCCAACUGUUGGCGCUAGCCGGGGUACCUUCCUUGGCGAGGAGGUAUUCCACUCCCUCCUCCCCCCAUCUCGAGUCUAAAAUCUCUGUGACUUCGUUGACGGGUUCCCGCCUUGGCGACCCCCUUGUGGGCGUUUCCCUGAACGGGUCUGGUGCCGUUCCUGGCUCCUGAAAUCUAUGAGGUGCUUUGUAGGGCGUGAGCACUGAUCUAUGGAAAACUGGGUGCAUUCUGGAUCCCUCCGGCAGUGUCAACCGGAAGGCCACUGGAUUGACCUGUGCCUCGACUUGGUAGGGUCCUAGCUGCUUAUGCCCUAGCUUCUUCUUCGCUAACGAUCUGGCCGGCACUGCCUGGGCUGCUAACCAAACCCAGUCUCCCACCUGUAUGUCUUCCCCAACCCUUCUGUGCUUGUCAGCCUGCAGUUUGUAUGCGUGCUUUGCUAGUUCUAACUGCCUCCGAGCUGUUCGUGAACCUCCUGCAACUCUGAUGCUAAGGCUUCCGCUGCCUGUGGCUCCCCUCCCCUCUCUCGCUAAUCCCGGGAAGGUUCUGGGAUGCCUCCCGUUGUUGGCGAAGAACGGUGUCACCCCGUGGACACGUGCUUCGUGUUGUUGUAGGCGAACUCAGCGAGCGGCAGGUAGUCCACCCAUGUUGCCGGCUGCUGAUUUGCGUAGCAUCUCAGGUACUGCUGCAUGAUGGCGCUUGACUCGCUCCGCUUGUCCGUCUCGUCUGCGGGUGUCUCGCCGACGCUAGGUUGAUCUUGACGUUCAGGAAACCCAUCAGCUUCUGCCAGAAGUUCGAGAUGAACUGUCGCCCCGGUCGGACAGGAUAGACCGUGGCAGACCGUGAACCCUGAACACGUGGUCUAUGAACAGUUUGGCGGUCUGUUCCGCCGUGGCCACCUUCGCGCACGGAAUGAAGUGGGCCAUUUUGGUGAACAUGUCCACCACCACUAGCACUGCCGUCUUGCCCCUCGAGCUGGGUAGAUCCGUGACAAAGUCCAGGGCCACCCUCUCCCACGGUUCGAUCGGUGUCUGCAGCGGUUCGAGCAGUCCCGCCGGCGGUUUGUGCACUGACUUGGCCCUUUGGCAGGUGUCGCACCUCGAGACGUAAUCCGCGACUUCCCCCGCAUCUUGGGCCACCAAAAUCACUGUCUACUAAUUCUACCGUCUUCUCUUUGCCAAAGUGCCCGGCGGUGGGUGCGUCGUGCAACUGCUGCAGUACUUUCGCGCGGCGGUCGUCUCCCGGUACGUAGAGGGCCCUCUACGGAUGAGCAAUCCGUCGCGUAUCUGGAACUCGUCGUCCUCCGCCGUGCCCCUUUGCACCUCUGCCAUCUUUGCUUGCGCGAAGGGGUCCUCCUGCAGUGCUCGACGUACAGCAUCCAGGUCCACGGUUGCUGAAGCGCACGCCCACGCUUCGGUGCGAAAAUGUGCUUGGCCGCUGCUGGUGCCGCUCCUCGAGGUAUUGCGGCUUUCUGGACAGUGCAUCCGCCAUGAUGUUGUUGUCGCCUGGGAUGUACUCUAUCCUGAAGUCGAAAUCCGCAAAGAACUCCGCCCAUCGUAUGUGCCUCUGGUUCAGGAACCUUGCCGUGCGCCAGUACUCCAGGUUUUUAUGGUCCGUGCGGACCUGCACUGUGUGUUUGGCUCCAAUGAGGAAGUGCCGCCACGCCUUGAAUGCUGCAUGAAUGGCCAGCAACUCCCUGUCCCAGAUGGUGUAGUUCUGCUCUGACUUGCUGAGCUUCCUGGAGUAGAAGGCACACGGUCUCCAGUCCCCAUGCGGGUCUUGCUGCAACAGUACUGCUCCCACGGCUCUGUCUGAGGCGUCCGUUUCAACCCUCAUCGGUCUGCUGGGAUUCACAUGCAGUAGCUGCUCUUCGGACGAGAAGAGACGCUUGAGUUUCUGAAAGGACUGUUCCGCUUGCUCCGUCCAGAUGAACUUCUUCUUCUUGGAGCUGAGUGUGUCGGUAAUGGCUGCCGUCUGCAUCGCGAACCCCUUGAUGAACUUGCGGUAAAAGUUGGCGAAACCGACAAACCGUUGGACCUCCUUCCGAUUGCGCGGGCUCUUCCAGUCCAACACUGAGCGAACCUUGGCGCUGUCCAUGGCGAGCCCCUUGUCCGACAACUUGUAGCCCAGGAAAUCUACUUCCUUCAUGUCGAACUGGCACUUUUCCAGCUUGGCGUACAGCCUGUGCUCCUGCAGUCUCUGCAGAACUUCCUUGACGUCUCCCUCGUGGGCCUCCUCUGAUUCUGAAAAUAUCAGGAUGUCGUCCAGGAAGCAGACGCAUUUCUUGUAGAGGAGACCCGCCAAUACGUGAUGCAUGAAGGCUUGAAAACAGUGGGAGCCAUUUUGUAAUCCAAAGGGCAUAACUCUGUAUUCAUAGGUGCCCAGGGGCGUGAACAUGGCAGUCUUCCAUUCGUCGCCCUCCCGCAUGCGAAUCAGGUUGUACGCCCUUCGCAGAUCCAACUUUGUGAAAACGCGUCCUUUCCUCACCGUUGCGAGCAGGUCAUCUAUCUUGGGCAUGGGAAAGGCUGUGGGCUUGGUUUUUGAGUUCAAAAUUCUAUAGUCCACCACAAGCCUUUUUUUGGGGCGUGUCCUUCUUCUUCACAAAGAAUACAGGACUGCCCCCACUGCCUUCGACUCCCGGAUGACCCCACGCUCAAGUUGAGGUCUCUGAACUCCCUGAGUUCCUGCAGCUCGUAUUCAGACAUGGAAUACAGUUUCCCGGUUGGCAGCGUCGCCCGUGGCAGGAGGUCAAUCUUGCAGUCAUAAGACCUGUGGGGAGGUAGCUUGUCCGCUUCCUUCUCGCAGAAAACCUCCAAAAACGCUGCGUACUUGAGUGGCACUGCUUGCAGCGUGCCUAAUUGUAGCUGCGGGUCAUCCUCUUCCCCUUCCGGGCUAGGCAGAAUGCAAUGUUCCGCACAGUAUGAGGAGCCGAAGGUCAGUUGUCGCUGGUACCACGCCAAUGCUGGGCUGUGCCUGUGCAGCCAACUCAUGCCUAAUACUAUAGGCGUGUCCGACAGUUGGGUGACAUUGAAGCUGAUGACUUCUCGGUGAUUCCCAAUUUGCAUCACCAUCGGAGGCGUUUGCUGCACCACCUGCCCCCCCAGCAAUUCCCUGCCAUCCACCGUGACAACUUUCAGAGGCAGCGUGGCUGGCAGGAGUGCUAUGUUGUGCUCUUGAAGGAAAUCCAGUCCUAUGAAGUCUGCGUUACUACCAGAGUCAAUGGUAAUCGGCACUUCCAUAGUGAGUCCAUUGGGUAGUUGGAGCGAUGCUGUGAGCUGCACCACUGGUUUGGGCGGGAGGGGGUCUGUGGGCUGCAAAAUCUCUGGGGACGGCUUCAUUGACUUGUCUGGUUGGGCCCCAGUGCCUCUUCCUCCAACCAGACUCUGUCGUUUCCCUGCUGUGUUUCUCUCUGCUGAGUUGCUUCUGUUACUGUUGCUGAGGCUGCAGUGUGCUUGUGGAGCCUCUGGGGACACUCUUUCGCCAUGUGCUGAGCACUGUCGCAGAUGUAGCACUUCCUGUUCCCUCUAGGAGGCUUCGCUUGACUGCUCCCGGUGUUAAGGCUCUGGUUGUUGACUGAGCCCUGGCGCCUCCAAUCUCCAUCGGUUGCUCUCCCUCCUUGCGGAGGUGGGGAUUGCACACGCGCUGUAUCCUUGGGAAAGAGGGGAGGUGCUCUCACUGGCGUACGUCCCCAACGUCCUUCUUCUCUGUUCCAUGGACGUUCUUCCAGACGCACCCCAAUUUGCAGCGCCCGCCGGACAACCUCCUGAGUGCUCUUUGGUCUCUCCCCUUGCAAUCUCAUCUUUCACAUUUGCAUUCAAGCCUUCCCAAAAAGGUCUCUGACUGGGGCAGAAUCCUUCUCCCAUCCCAGCGCAUGGACUAAUGCAAAAAGCGGGAAUGGUACUGCCUUACACUGGCUCUGCCUUGUUUGAGCCCAUGUAUGUCUUUUUCUGGCGAUAUCAAUGUCUAUAUUUGAUAAAAACACGAAUCCAUCGCUUUAAUGAAUGCAUCCGCAUUUUGGAGCGCCGGAUCCUUAUCUCUCCACAGAUUGCGCAGCCACGCUUUAGCUCCCCAUGCAAAUGGGACAAGAUAAACCCCACCUUCUCUUGCUCAUCUCUAAAGUCUUUAUCCAGCAGUUCCAGCGCAAACAGCACGUCUGCUCGGAAGUUAGGGUACUGCUGCAAAUUCCCAUCGAAAUGAGAUACCAGGCUGCCUCCUCUUUUCCCCAGCCCAAUCCCCUCUGAUUUGGGUCCCGGUUGCCCCUGCUUAGCAAGCACUUCCAACCUGGCUUGGAGAUCCCUGCAGGCGGCAGCCGCUUCCUCUUCCCUUUUCCUGGAUGCGAGUACCUCCGCGUUGAGUUGUGUCACUGCAUUUUGCAGGGCUGCUAGUUGCUGUUCUGUAGUCAUCUUGCCUGACUUUUGUGAGCUCGCAAAGCACCAAUCUUCUCCCUCGCUGCGUCCACUCACGUUACGAGGUUUUUGGUGCAAAACUUUAGGAGAUGGAGCUUACUGUCAGAGCUGGCUCCAGGUCCCAGCUCACAGAGGACCAACGCUAGCCGGCAGUAAUGUGCAAAAGUCUUUAUUGAAGUACAGUUUCCAUUUUCAAGCCGGAGCGCCCCAGCUCUACGUCUAGGGGUUAGAUCGGCGAAGCUCCAUCUGAGUCUCCGCCCCUGUACACCAGUUUAAGAUUCUAGCCUUACUCCACCUCUUACGUCUCUCCUUUCUCCUCUGGGUCCUGCUACCCCCCGGGGUCCCUUCCUUCCUGGAUUCUUCUGACGCUGACCCUCCUGACUCCUCCCCUCUUUUCGGCGGGCUUUGGGACCUGGCUCCCUAUCCGGGCUGCCAACUGCGCCGCCCUCCUGUACAUUUGAACUUUGCGCGCGCGCCCAGCCUUCAACCUUCCUCUCGACCGUUUCCUCGCUCCCCGAUGGAGGCGUGGCCAAUCCUGACUCAUGUCCUCCCACUGGCAGUGCGCCGCCUGAUCCCGAUGCCUGGGACUCCUCCCCCCCUACUGCACUCUGGUGUGGACGCUGGUCCUGAUUUCCAACUGCUGCUCUCUGAGUCCCCUCUGGCCCCUUCUUCCUGGGGUGUCCCCUCGGCACCCCCUUGCUCUGACCAAGGGAGCCCUUUCUGUGAAUCUUCCGAUUCGCUGGAAAGACUCAGAGACCUCGGACCGCUGUCAUCGCUAACAUUUCCUUCGGACUCCUCCCCCUCGCUCUCUAUUUCCUCCCUUUCCUGUGCCUCUGCUCCUGAACCCCUGACAGCUGGGCACCUUUCCAGCUAGGAGUUUGAUCUGGCCUUCCACAAAUUGUCAUGCAGAUCUUUUUUGGUUGGAAGAUUAAAUAAGAAGAGUUUGUUUCAAGAGCCUCUGCACGUUCUAUGUUGAGCUUAGGGGUCUGCUCUUGUCGUCGCCAAUUUCCUUUGGUACGAUGGUGUUCUGUUGAUGCCUGCUUGUUAUUAACUGAUAAACUGUGGACCUCUUUGGAUAACUGGGUUAUUUGAGAGGCAAUACCUCUAAUUUGCUGGAAGAUAUGCUCAACCGUUCUUGCAAUUAGAGUUAAUUGGGUGCUCUCCCUACUUGUUAUUCCUUCCUCUCUGAGGAGCACAGGAUCAGCUUGCCCAUGGCUGUGUGUGGUGGAUUUCUUCCAUCAACACAGCAUUGUGAUGUUUGAGACAACUUUACUUUGUUGAACAGCAGUAGUCAGUCGCUGAGGAACUCACAAAAGUGGAGUCCUCAGGCCUAUAAAUUAUACAGGCUCACGAAGAGCAAGAGGUGACAUGACAGAAGUCUUUUCUUUCAGAACAUGCAGAAUAUAGUUCAACUUUUUUGAGUCCACACCUCCCUUGACCAAGUACAUUCUUUCUGUGGCACCCCUGUGGGGCUCAGGGGUUGUGUCCCCCCUUGCCUGCAGCCUCUCGCCCUUUUUUGAACACCCUACUUGUGGAGUGUUUCCUCAGCCUCCUCUCACGUCUUCUUGGGAGUCCUUCUGGCAGCCUCUGCUGCAGCAAACAGCUGUGCAAGCCUUUGGGAGGCAGAGACAUCAGAGGAAGGGAAGGAGGCCAGAGGCCAGUGUUGCCCAUGGCACUCCGGACCAUCAUUCAAGGCACUCCAGGGUGCCAUGGCACACUGAUUGAAAACCACUGAGUUAAACUAUGGAACUAACACACACACGGAAAACCAAACUAAAGACUUGCAAACGCUCCUAGAGGGCAUGGCAGACCCCCAGUACCUCCCAGCGUCUCCUAGUGGGCUCGUCUCUGGAAUGGCAUGUCCCUUCACUCCCGAGUGCCCCUCUGCAACACUUCUCAUACGAAAAGUGCACACCAGUCUUCUGGCAUCACGCAGCAAGAAGAUAGAGACAUCCGUAGCUCUAAACUACGUUUUAUUCACCAUAUAUACAGAGAAUCCAUAAUCACGUCUGCCCUCCAAACUCUGGCAGAAAACAGAAAGCAUACAGCAAAAGCAAAAGUAUAGUCUAAUAACACUCUCAGACUGAAGAGAUAGAACAGUCUUCCGUUCCCACACUCUUCUCAGACAUCUCAUGUGAUUUAUACUAACCACACUAGCCACUCUGGGCGGCUUCCAACAAGGAUUAAAAAUACACCAAAAUGUCAGACAUUAAAAACUUCCCUGAACAGGGCUGCCUUCAGAUGUCUUCUAAAAGUCUGGUAGUUGUUGUUCUCUUUGACAUCUGGUGGGAGGGCGUUCCACAGGGCGGGAGCCACCACUGAGAAGGCCCUCUGCCUGGUUCCCUGUAACUUGGCUUCUCGCAGGGAGGGAACCACCAGAAGGCCCUCGGAGCUGGAUCUCAGUGGGGGUGGAGAUGCUCCUUCAGGUCUACUGGGCCUUUGAGGCCAUUUAGGGCUUUCAAGGUCAACACCAACACUUUGAAUUGUGCUCGGAAAGGUACUAGGAGCCAAUGUAGGUCUUUCAAGACCAGUGUUAUGUGGUCCCGGCGGCCAGUCCCAGUGACCAGUCUAGCUGCCGCAUUCUGGAUUAAUUGCAGUUUCCAGGUCACCUUCAAAGGUAGCCCCACAUAGAGCGCAUGGCAGUAGUCCAAGUUGACAGAGCCACUUACUGUGUCUUGUAUGUGUCACUGAGAGAUGACACAAUGGCCAUCUCCGGAUAUCUCAAGGGCUGUCACAUGGAAGAUGGAACAAGGCUGUUUUCUGCUGCUCGGGGGGCGGAGGGGGGGGAAGGACUCAACCCAACGGCUUCAGGUUGCAAAAAAGGAGAUUCUGACUAAACAUCAGAAAGUCCUUUCUGACAGUAAGAGCUGGAGGAUGUGAGCUCUCUUUCAUUGAAGGUUUCUAAGCAGAGGUUAGGUGGCCAUUUGUCAUGGAUGCUUGAGUUCCAGCAUUGCAGGGGUGGACUAGAUGACCCCUGGGAGUCCCUUCCAACUCUGCAAUGAAACAUGCAUCUUGCUUCCUUUGUGAGAAAACCUUAACCUUGGUGGAUUUGCCUUUCAGGGGGCCCAGAUCCUGCUGGGAAUUGUGGUCAUCAGUCUUGGGGUGGUGAACGACUAUGGACAUUUAUUCUACAUACGGUCAGGAGCACCUUACUGGAUGGGAGGUCUGGUGAGUCCUGGGCAGCUGCCAUGCUUGGAAGUGAAUUUCAGUUUAUGAAGCACUUCAUACAUGUUCAGGGGUACUUUGCACACUUCAGCCUCACAACAAGCUUGAGUGAUUGAUCAGGUCAGGAUUCUUCUUCCUGUACUGCAGCUGGGGCAACAAGGCUCCCUGAGGAUUGUGGCUGAUGAGAACCAACACCUUACCAUGAGCAAGCAGGGCACAAGUCAGCUAUAUAGGCAACAAACAGGCAGGUCCCUGCUCCAAGGAGAUUACAGUCUAAAACAUCCAAUAGUGAAAACAGCAGUAAGGCGGGGGGGGGGGUGAGAAAGAGAAAUCGACAGGAAGGAGGGAGAAAUGACCGAUCUGGGCACAUGCAGUUAUGCCUCCCAUGACGACACAUGGUCACCAUCUACUGUGAAGCUCAGAAGAGCAAGGGCCAUUAUGAUAUGGCAGGUGGUGGGUGGGCAGGAGCAGAAAUAAGCCUGGAUUCUUGACCACUGGGCAUGCUGGCUGCUGGGAGUUAGGAGUCCAGUGGCACCUGCAGCAGCCCCAGACAUCUCCCAGUCCUCCACUAGGCAGGCAGCUGGUCCUCCAUGUGGUCUUUAUUUCCUAUCCCAGACCUACUUCCAGGUUUACAGAGAUCCCAAGAGACCGCUGGCUGGUUUCUGGUAGCAAGAGCUGUUUGACAGGACUCCCUUGGGAGGUGGUGGAUUCUCCUUCCUUGGAGCUUCUUAAGCAGAUGUGGGAUGGCUGUCCUUCAAGGAUGCUUUAGCUGAGAUUCCUGCAUUGCAGAGGGGGUUGGACUGGAUGACCCUUGGGGUCCCUUUUAACUCUACAGUUCUGUGAUUCAGUGCCCUGGCCACUGAAGCAGCUGAGGAAGAUCCACUCAGAAGUGGGGCAGGCCACUUCUGGUGGUUCCAGGAGCAGCAGGAGUUGUGCAUCUCCCUACCCUCUGCCCUACACAGCCUUCAUUCACUCCAGCCUUUUCUCCUUCACAGGUUAUGCUCUCUGGCGCCUUGUCCAUCGUGGGCGAAAGACGUGCUGGCUUCUGGGUAAGUGUGGCAGGUUCCAGGAAAAACAUGUGUUGCCUGCUUUUGGUCUCAAAGAUCCCUGGGUCAGGUAUUCUUUAGCUGCGUGAUUCCUGCAUUUCAGGGGGUUGGACUAGAUGACCCUUGGAACCCCUUCCAACUCUACAGUUCUGUGAUUCUGUGAUGUUUCAGCUUACGUCUAAGGGGAAAAGGGAAGUGACUGGUAGACCUAUGCUGAGAAAUGGAGGCUCAGCCUCUCCCCCACCUCCAGUCCCCCAAAAGCUGAAAGCCUGAGCAGCUCUGCCCCAGCCUUACCCAAGGUUGUCUGCUGGACUCCAGGCAGCUCACCUGACAUUUUCUGGAACCAGGUCCAUGUGGCCACCAUCUUCCAUUUGGCCAGUGUUGUGGCCGGAAUUGUGGCUCUGACAAAAGGCAUUGCUUGGAUCCCAAACCUUGACCAGACCUUCUACUGGAGAAAGGAUGUGUGCCAGACCAGAUGGGAACGUUCUCCAAUCCUGCCCAGCCCAGGCUAUGACUGGAGACAGAGAGACUGCGAGCGAGUCUUAUGGGAUCUCAUGGUGAGCAGAGUCCCAUCGUGGAUCAGGUGCUUGCCCUGUUACAAGAUUGGGGGGCCAGAGCAGCAGCCUCCCCCAAACCUGCUGCGCCCUCCCGCAGUUUGGAACAACAGUCUGAAUGUGGUAUUUUCCUCUGUUUCUCCCUUCCUCCCCAGGGCGUCGCCUUUGCUGUGAAGGUCUUGCUGCUCAUUUUCUCCGUUGCUGCCCUGGCGAUUGCUUUCUUCUGCCUUGCAUACAGCCUCCGCAUCCUCUGCUGCGCCCGGAAGGUAGCCGGAAGGGACUGGGGGGCUGGAGGGUGUCCCCCCCCCCAAGGGAGUCCAUUCCACUGUUGAACAGCUCUUACUGUUGUGGGAAUGUUCAAGGAUGCAGGAGAGGAUAUGUUGUCUGAUUAUAGCCUUUCCAACUAUCUCAUAAAAAGACAGCCCCUUUGUCCUCCAGCCAAGAGAGCAUCUUUGGCUAAGCAGAUGUUGCUUCUUUGAUGCAUGUAGUCAUAGAGAGAGAGAUGGCUGCCCUGCCCUGUGCUUUUGUCAUUACCUGCACAGGUGAGGCCACGCCUACCUCUAGUCACGUGCAGAGGAAGUCUGUCCCAGCCCAGAAGGAAACUGGAAGUUUACCUGCUGGCUGAACAAACAUUCCUCCCCAUGUGUAAACAUGUUCACUCUAGGAAUGUUGUACUUGACUGCUCUUGUGUUUCACAUCCCACAACUGUCACAAAGUUCUUCCUGAUAUUUAGCUGGAAUCUCCUUUCUUGUUACUUGAAUCCACUGACUGAGGUCCAAACCUCUGGGAGCAGCCGAAAACAGUCUUGCUCCAUCUUCCAUCGAAGAGCCCUUCAGAUAUCUGAAGAAGACUCUCAUGUCUCCUCCUUCGAGCAAAGGAAGUCCCAAACCCCAAGUUCUGAAUCCAUCUCUCUCCCUACUCCAUAACAAGGGCAAAAAUGGGUGCUAGCAAAGACCAGACUUGGUGCAGGAAAGGGGGCGAAAUAGGAAUAGAGACUGGGAGAUGCCAGUAGCAUAGCUACCUUUUAAAAAGAAGCAGAACAGUUUGCACUCUCAGAAACCUAAAUGAAAUACAGUGGUACCUCAGGUUAAGUACUUAAUUUGUUCUGGAGGUCCAUUAUUAACCUGAAACUGUUCUUAACCUGAAGCACCACUUUAGCUAAUGGGGCCUCCCCCCGCCACGCGAUUUCUGUUCUCAUCCUGAAGCAAAGUUCUUAACGCGAGGUACUAUUUAUGGGUUAGCGGAGUCUGUAACCUGAAGCGUCUGUAACCUGAAGCGUCUGUAACCCGAGGUACCACUGUAGUCUUUAAAAGGCAUCUCACACUUCCUUCCAGAAUUCAGCAUCACCUGUGAUGUUCAGUAGAGCUAGAGAAUAACCUUGCCUACUGUUGUUUUAUAACCUUCGGGAAUUUGGGGUGGGGGGGGUGAGAAGAGAGCUGAAAUGGGCAAAGCAGCGGCAGGCCAAGUGCAGGCCAAGUGCAGGCCAAGUGCAGUCUCGGAUUGCUUUGAGAAAGCCCUGGAGAGGAACAAACGUGGGGCUGUGGGGAGCUGGGAGCUUUCAUUCUCAGCAACUGAUUCUUGGGGCAAGACCCACCAGGUCGAACUGCUGCGCCCAUUAGGCAUGACGCUCAGCCAAGUCUCUGAAGAUCAUGCUUUUGCUAAUGAAGAGUGAGCUCCAGCUUUGACUGCUUGGUAGAAAGAGCCGUCGCACGAGAGACGGGGCAGGCUUGUUUUCUGCCCAACGGAUUCAAAUGGCAAAGAAGGAGAUUCUGACAAAGCAUCGGGAAGAACUUUCUGACGGGAAGAGCUGCUCAGCACUUGAAUGGAUUCCCUCAGACUAGAUGUCCCCUGGUGGUCCCUUCUGGGAUUCUCUGGCAUGGGCCUGGGCCCACCUGCAGAGGGGGCAGAGCUUUGAUACCUGGGAUGUGACUCAGGGGCAAAGAAGCCUCUGGGGAUUUGGGCUCCUGGCACCUUCCAACGCCCCAGGAAAACGAAAGGAGAAGGGGGGGGACAAACCUGUUAGGGAGGGGGCAGCCUUCCUGCUUGUGGUGCCUCACCUGUUGCUAUGGAAUGGAGGAGGGAGGUGGAUUUGGAGAGUUGGGAGUUCCCUUCUCUCAGCCACAGGACUUUUCUCUCCUUCCCCCAAACUGCCCCCUCACACUUCUUUCUCCUCUCCCCCUUGCUUUGCAGGCAAGCAGUGCAGACUCUGGUGCGGUCGGGGACCCGGAUGUGGCCCCUCUUGAUCAGGAUGAGGCCAUUAUUGAGAACAUAGCCUGA